AUUAAAGCGAAGCGAAGCGAAGCGAAGGUGGGAAUUGAAUUGCAGGGAGAGGGAGGGGAGGACUCUGAGGAGACCCGCAUUUAUUGACGCUCCCCUGUUUUCUUUUUCUUUUGGUUGGGGUCAGCUUCUGUGUCAUCUUUUUCUUUCUCUCUUUAAUGGUCUUCUUCUCCAUCGUUCGAAAACAGGGGAGACAGAGAAAAACUAAUAUUUCAGAAAAAAGGAUCCUCGAAUAACUAUAUUAAACAGCAAUUUUGGCGAAAAAUAGAAAAUGGGUACCGCCUCUCAAGAUGCGAUCAAGCAAUUCCAAGCUCUGAUGGACGAUGUGGACGAGCCAUUGAAGAAAACAUUUCAGAACAUGCAUCAAGGAUACCCAGCUGAAACUUUAGUGCGGUUUCUAAAGGCAAGAGAGUGGAACGUCACCAAGGCGCAUAAAAUGUUGGUGGACUGUUUAAAUUGGAGAAUACAAAAUGAGAUUGACAAUAUAUUAACGAAACCCAUAAUUCCUAUUAACUUAUACAGAGCAGUUCGUGAUUCACAACUUAUAGGGUUGUCAGGUUACUCAAAAGAGGGCCUUCCUGUCUUUGCCAUUGGAGUAGGUCUAAGCACAUUUGAUAAAGCAUCUGUCCACUACUAUGUGCAGUCACACAUUCAAAUCAAUGAAUAUCGAGAUCGUGUACUUUUGCCUUAUGCAACAAAAGCAUAUGGGCGACAUAUUAGCACCUGUGUAAAAGUUUUGGACAUGACUGGUCUAAAGUUCUCAGCUUUGAGCCAAAUAAAGCUGUUGACUACCAUAUCUACAAUUGAUGAUUUGAACUAUCCAGAGAAGACAGAAACAUAUUACAUUGUAAAUGCUCCUUAUAUAUUUUCAUCAUGUUGGAAGGUUGUGAAGCCUCUUUUACAAGAGAGGACAAGACGGAAAGUUCAGGUGCUGCAAGGUUGUGGAAGAGAUGAGUUGUUAAAGAUAAUGGAUUAUGCAUCUCUCCCACAUUUCUGCAAAAGAGAAGGCUCUGGUUCAUCUCGACAUUCUGCCAAUGGAGCAGAUGAUUGCUUCUCCCUAGACCAUGCAUUUCAUCAAGAGCUAUUCAACUACAUUAAGCAGCAAUCAAUGAACAUGAAACCAGUUGCACCAAUAAUCAAGCAAGGGUCUUUCCAUGUUGAUCUGCCAGAGCCAGAUCCAGAAGGAACCAAGAUUGCUCUAACAAUAGAAAGUGAACUUCACAAACUAGAAGAUCGGAAUGGUCUUUCUCGUUCACUAAGCGGCAUGAAUAUGCAUGGAAACUAAGAUCAGAGAUAGUCUCUUACUGUUAGGUAAAGAACCUCAACAGUUGAUGCCCAAUCACAUGGUGAGAUCUACAGCUAUUUUAGGGUUUCAUUAUUCCUGUCAUUGUCAAUGUAUCUAUUGGAAUGUAAUGUUAGUGGCUUGCAUCAUCUUGAUGCACGUGUUGUAGGAAAGGCUAAUUUUGUUUUCACUCUUCACUCCACUUAUCACCGUUAGGCUGGGCCAGUUUGAAGCUAAUAUUGGCCUGAAAUGGAGAAAUGAAAGUGUAAGCUUUUACUAUUAAGUUAAUAUAAUAUGAGAUCCUAUGCCUAAUUUGUUUUGAACA